UUUGAUUUGCUUGGAUGGCUCCAGCUAUGGGAUGCAGGAACUGGUCAAGGGUUUUCUCAAUUCAUCGAGCACAAUAAAAGGGCUUGGUCUGUGGACUUUUCUCAAGUGGAUCCCACAAAAUUAGCUAGUGGAAGUGAUGAUUUUUCUGUGAAACUCUGGAACAUUAAUGAGAGGAACAGUUUAUGCACUAUCAGGAACAUCGCAAAUGUCUGUUGUGUUCAGUUCUCUGCUCAUUCCACUCAUUUACUAGCCUUUGGCUCUUCUGAUUACAAAACCUACUGCUAUGAUCUUCGGAAUGUUUCAAGGCCCUGGUGUAUAUUGACUGGCCAUGACAAAGCUGUUAGCUUUGUGAAAUUCUUGGACUCUGAAACUGUUGUUUCUGCAUCCACUGACAACACACUAAAGCUUUGGGAUCUGAAGAAAACCAGUUCCACAGGUUUAUCGACCACUGCUUGCACUUUAACCCUUAAAGGGCAUACAAAUGAGAAGAACUUUGUGGGUUUAUCUGUUGCUGAUGGAUACAUAGCUUGUGGUUCAGAGACAAAUGAGGUAUAUGCUUAUUGUAGAUCUCUUCCUAUGCCGAUCACUGCUCACAAGUUUGGCUCCAUUGAUCCCAUUUCUGGUAAAGAGACUGAUGAUGACAACGGACAGUUCGUUUCAAGUGUGUGCUGGAGGCAGAAAUCAGACAUGCUUGUUGCUGCCAAUUCCAGUGGAUGUAUAAAAGUGCUGCAGAUGGUUUAAAGUAAAAAUAGUUUCUAGACCGACUGAAGAAAUGCAGUCCUUGUUGAUGGCUUUGCAGCUUGAGAGCCCUAAUAGUUUCAUCUGAAGGCCUUUCUUCAGCAGUGGACGAGUCUGCAUCAAGAAUGGACUCCGAAAGUUAAAAUGAUCUCACGUAUUAUAACUAUGCGUGAUGUGGGAGGAUUCGAGUCUCCUAGAUGCUGAGUAGUGCAUCUCUUUGGCCAUGUAAAGGGAAGUUAGCAGUGCUGUGAAACAGAUUCUACAUCUAGAUCAAAAGAAGGCCCACAGUUGCAGUGAAAAAAGACUCCAAAUUUAAGGAGUUACUAUUUUACGACACCCCCAUAAGAUGUUGCUUGAAAACUAGAAGAGGAUUGUGCUGCAAUUGCUAGAACAUACGGGAAUAACUGCUUUGAAGUGAUGCCAUUAUGGCAAUAUUAAUAUCCAGAGGCAUUGCAGAGCAAUUAGCUGGCUUGAACUCAAGAUUUUACUAUAGCCGUAUCAAUGCUUGGAUCUAGUUCAGACUUCUGUCACAGCUCCUCACAAGUAUUUUGGGUGAGGUAUUUCGUCCUUUUAAAUUUUGAAUGAUGGACCUGUGUUUGUAACCAAGCUGUUUGUUCAUAAGCAUUUUUUUUGGCAUCCGAGCUUUUUGUCUUGAAGUGAUAACUCUCCACAAGUUUCUAAAAAGCAUUUGUUCAGUUGUAUCUAAACAAAUAAUGAAGUAUGAAAGUGUAUAGUUUACUGUAAAGUGCAGAUAUUGUAUUUUCUUUCCCCUAUAAUAUACAUGAUGAUUUUACUUUGGAAGAAA